GCCUAUCUUCCUGUGGAAGCUUUGAGAAAUGUAAUUUAAGAUUUUUCAAAUAAGACAAGAGAAGAGAAAUAGAUAGAUAGAUAGAGAGAGAGAGAGAAAGAGAGAGAGAGAGAGAGAGAGAGGGAAUUAUUAUGCCGAUAGAAAUGCCAAAGGGUUUACCAUUUUCGGUGGAUACGUGGAAUCCAUGUUCAAAGAGGAAGAGGCACCAUUUCUUAAGUCAUGCCCACAAAGACCACACCCUUGGCAUCUCCACCCACUUCUCUUUCCCUAUUUACUCUUCCCUUCUCACCAAAUCCCUCCUUCUUCACCACCACCCCCAGCUGGAUGAUUCUUUGUUUGUUGGAAUUGAGGUUGGGCAAUCGUUGGUCAUCGAUGACCCUGAUGGAGCUUUCACGGUUAUGGCUUUCGAUGCCAAUCACUGCCCUGGAGCCGUGAUGUUCUUGUUCGAAGGAAAUUUUGGUAACAUCCUGCACACAGGAGAUUGCAGACUCACACCUGAAUGUCUGCAAAAUUUACCAGAUAAAUAUCUUGGAAGGAAAGGAAGAAAACCCAGGUGUCAACUUGAUUAUGUAUUUUUGGACUGCACAUUUGGGAGAUUCUCUCGAAAGAUCCCCAGUAAGCAUUCAGCAAUCCGACAGGUUAUCAAUUGUAUAUGGAAGCAUCCUGAUGCCACUGUGGUCUAUCUAAGCUGUGAUCUUCUUGGCCAGGAACAGAUAUUGGCUGAUGUAUCCCAAGCAUUUGGAUCCAAGAUAUAUGUUGAUAAAGCCACCAAUCCUGAGCUUUUCCUUGCUCUGACACUUAUAGUUCCUGAAAUCAUCACCCAUGAUCCAUCUUCUCGCUUCCAUGUAUUUAGUGGAUUUCCUGAACUCUAUAUAAGAGCAAAAGCAAAGCUUGAGGAGGCCCGGGCUAACUCGAAGCCUGAGCCGCUUAUAAUUCGUCCUUCCACACAGUGGUAUGCAUUUGAGGAAGGAUGUUCGGAGGAUGAAAAUCAUAGAAAACAGAGAAUUAGCGAAGCAGUAAGGGACCAGUUUGGAGUGUGGCAUGUUUGUUAUUCAAUGCACUCAUCCAGAGAAGAAUUGGAAUGGGCCCUUCAACUUCUUGCACCUAAGUGGGUUAUUUCAACAACUCCCAGUUGCAGGGCUAUGGAGCUAAACUAUGUUAAGAAGCAUUGUUUCAGUGCUCAAGCUUCUUCAAAUGAUUCUCUUUGGAAGCUUCUAGACCUUAAUUUGGAAGCCUCAUCAUUUACAGAUGUAUCAGUCAAAAGCGUGCAUUGUCCUCCAAUGCUUGAAGUUUCUACUCAAAGCUCUGGAGUCUCUCAAUUGCAACAGGUAAGGAUUUCCACUGGUCAGAAAGAAGGCUUUAAUCUGUCUCCUCCAAGCCAUAGGAUGCCCAUCACAUUAUUUGGUAGAGCUAGACUUGGUCUCCAAGAAUCUCCUUCUAGAUGGGAGGAGAAAAUGGUAAACAUGAAAGAUCUUUCUCAAGAUGUUGAUAAUCGAUCUCAACAAGAAUCCUCAUUCCAUGAGGAAGAAAAUUGUGCAAUGACUUGUACAAAGCCAUUAGUGAAGAAGCUGAAGGUAGAGGCUGAUGAAGUACAAUGUGAUAAGCCUUUUGAAAAAGAAUCAGAAGUUUGCAAGGAUAAUCAGUCUUUUAUUGGAUCGUCAAAGUGCUUCAAUGAGCGUUUAAGAAGGUUAUACAGGUCAAUGAAUGUGCCUGUGCCAGAGCCUCUUCCAUCGUUGGUGGAUCUUUUGAAAGCCAACAAACGUGCCAAGAGGUAGUUUCAAUCCCGGUUGAACUUUUGAGCAAUGCGUCAUAUUCAUCUCUUCCUAUGCUAGGGAGAAUAGGCUAACAAUAAUAUACUUGUUUUAUGAUUUACCCUGGAAUCCGUAGGGAAAAUAAAAGAAUAUAAUUAAAAAUCUUUCAUGUUUUCAUCAAAAACAAUAAAAUUUUAGAAAUAUAUCUUUUGUAACCCUUUUUUUUUUUUAUAUAUUUUUUAAACUUCUUUAUUUUUAAUUAUAUAUAUAUAUAUAUAUGUAUCUAUAUAUUAUUCUUUUACCCAAACAUUGACGGUUAAAAUAAGUUUUACUUUACUCAGAUUUUUUAUUCCAAACAUAGCUUAAACCUUCCUGCUGUGGAUAAAUGGUGUACAAGAUUUGGUGCUUCAGUUGUUAAAGUUGCUAAGGAAGAAAUGAGUCGUUGUUUAAUUUCCUGGAAUUCACACUGUAGUGUCUUAUAUUUCUCUAUUUGUAUGGAAAAGCUGGUUGCUAUUCAACAAGAUCGGAGUUUUGUAUCACUCAAUUCCUUAUGUUUGUCUUGCAUUAUCAAUGUGGUUGUAGGAAUUCAUUUUUAAUAAUUCAUAUUUCUUAUGUCACUUUA